AGCUGUCGUUUGUACACAAAUAAAGAAGGUUGUCUUCUCGGAAAUACGAAUGACUUCAAGAGUGAGAAGGCUGGUUCAGACAGCUUCAACUCGGCAACGUGGGAUUGAUCAUAAAGUUGAUCAAUUGUUCUUUUCUCCUUCUAAUCUCUCGAAUUUACGUAAUAUCGAUUGGGAUGUUAUUUCACUCCCGAAUUAAUUGGCGUCGCAUCGUUUAUCCAUAGCGAUUGUUACCAUUUAGUUUUUUAUGUCCUUGACAUGGAGAUUCUCACUGAAGAAAGCAUUAACCCGGCGUUCAAGAGAGUGAACUAUAGAGUACGAGGAUGGCUGGAAAGUCGUUCAUAUGAAAUUCAACAAGAGCUUAAACACGUAAGGAAAGUUAUACCAUGUUAUAUAUAUAGAUAUGUACAUGUAUAGUAUGUACUAGUGAUAAUCAUGGACUUGAAAAAUUUGGAUGGAUACUUGGAAUGUAGACACGGAAAUCUCAGCAACACACUAUGGUGCGAAAGUUUCGGCCGUAAAGGGCAUUUCAAUUUGUAAAGAAUAUCACGGUUCAUCUGUGAGAAUAAGAUUACUUCGUGGCAGCUUUGCGUGCUUGGGCACUCAGGCGUGGCGAGUUACAGCAAGAUAUCAAUAACGCAUGCUUUGCCCUGAGGAAACAAGCUGAAACUUGGAACAAUUGUCUCAGCGAACUUUUCCUGAUAGUUGCGAAGUGUAUGGGUUACUUAAACUUUUUCUAGAUAUUUUAAAAUUUUGGUUAUUUUCUCUCAUAUUCGCUUUGCCAGGGAGCGAAGAAGCCAUUUUCCGAAGUUCUAAUACACUAUGGAAAUCCACAGGGAAUGGGACAACCACCUAUUACUUUUUUUAGACAGGUGAUGUGUGAAAAACUCUGUAUAUUCUUAUGAAUUAUCGAUGAAUAAGGAACAGCUGUCUGGCUGACUGACUGACUCAGAACGAUUGGCUGACUCAUACCGGAAAACCGACUGACAUAAUAAGUUAAUGUCACAGACAGACUGACUAACCAUGACUGUCAUACAGGUAAUGAUUGAUUUUCUCCGUCUGGGUAACUGAGAAACUGACUCCGACUCAGUGACAGAAAAUGACUGGCUAAGUGACGACGGUUGACUGACUUAAACCGACAAGCUGACAACGAUUGACAGUCAUUUACAAUGACUCACUGUCUUACAAUAACUGACAGAUUGACGAUGACAGUGACUCACUGUUUUAAGCUGACUGACAGAUAGGUGAAUUAACUUCACAACUGUCGGAGACUUUGAUUCGUGCGUGACACAUGUCAGAUGAUGAGUGCGAACACUAUGGACAUUGAAUGGUUUACAUAAUCAACGCAACCUUGAAUGACCCUUUUAAAUCAGUACUCGGCAACAACCAAUCAAAAUGUAGAAAAUAUCGUAUAAGAGAGUGAUUUCUUACAAAUUUGACAGAGCAGCUUUUUACACACCUGAUGUAAAUAAGCGAAUACGAGAGCGAAAUAAAACAGUUUAAUUGAGUCUCGUUCGUCAGAGUUCUAUCCCUAGUAAACAGGACAAAGUUUACAAAACAACUGCGUAGCUCGUGGACUAACGAAUUAACUAAAUUGCUGAGUUUCUUUAGGGGGAACGAUCGAAUAGUUUACCAGAGAAGAAUAUUUGGACAGCUGGAUCGACAAACACAGAGAAUUAUGAGCUGGCCACGACAUUGAGUCAAACGGCUUUGUAGCGAAACAACCGCAACACGAAUUACCCAUGUGGUUGAAAUAGAGGAUAAAUCAAAUAAACAGAUUUAGGCAGACCAACCACAAAUAAAACUGAAUCCGUUAAGCAACUGCAGAAAUGAAGCCUGAAAAAAAAUCCGGCUUAGAUGGGAUUCGAACCCAGACCUACCUGAUGCUGGUUAGGCGCUACUACCAACUGAGCUACCAAACCACACGUAGGUAGUGAGUCAAGUUUUAAAGGGUUCUUGUUUCCGUGGAAGAAUAAUAAAAAAAAAAUUAAAUCAUGAAAUAAAUUUCAUUUGACUCGCGGAUUGAAAAUCAAAUAAAGCCAUAACUGCAAGCCUCAACUGUGUUAUUCUUACACAGGUUUUGGCACUUCUUUUGUGUCCUGACCUUCAAAAUGAUGACCGUUUUCCACAAGAUGCCAAAAGAAGGGCGAAAAGAAUUCUUGAUGACACGAUAGGACAGACUAUAGGUAAUACGAAUUAGGGUUUUCUAAUUAUAGUGGAGGAAACAGGAAUAGGUCCUCUCCUGUAUGUUUGACUGGCAUAUUAGAGGUAGCACCCCGCAUGUAUCCUCACCUUUGUAUCAUUCCACCAAAUAAGAUAUAGGAGCACAACAUGCCCGACACCCAUUUUUUAGUGUGGCAUGUCAUAUUAUACAAUUCAUGCACUUCGUUCCAAAGCUACUCACGGAAUUCGACAGCAGUGAAAUAUUAUACACCUCUACAAACAACAGAGUGAGUGUUCCUAGUUGAUUACUCGCAGCAUAUACCACCCUGGUUUCUCCUCCAGUGGAGGGUGGGACUUAAGACGGGGCUUGCAUUGUGGCCAAGAUUUCUCCGCCUCCCUAUAUUUGUAAAUUUUCUGGGUAAGCCCUUGUUCCCGAACUUAAUAAAUUUCAAAUUUAUAGCAGAAACACUUUCAUUCUUUUACAGGUAGUUAUACUUCAACUCAGGGGAUCACUGUCGUACGUGAAGACAUCGCCAAUUUCAUCUCUCAGAGAGAUGGCCAUCCAGCAGUAUCCAGUGAUAUAUAUCUCACUGAUGGAGGGGCCGAGGGACUUGAAGUAAGUGAAAUACCCAGGAGACACUUCAGAGGAUUUUGGGUGGGGUAAACCCCGACCUUGAUUAAAUAUUCCGGGGUCUGUUAAUAACAAACAACUGGGUCAAUUGUCGUACUUCUAUUAUCGGACUCACGUAAACCAUAUUGAGACAGACUUUUUAGAAUAGGAUUUAAGAAAAUUCGUACUACCACACAUCUAUAUCGUGCUUUGAAGACAACUGUCACACCCCUCAGAGGUCCUCAGAGGUUUCCAGUUCAAAGACACAUCCUGUCCAAACUAAAUGGCAAGAUUUUCUACCCUUAAACACUCAAGACCUCAAAGGCCAUUCCCUGCUUGGCGGCGAAACCCCGUUUAGGUCAAUGAAAGAAGUCCCUCCCCUUCAGAGUAGUGAAAUCUUGAACCAGUCAGUGAAUUUUCUCAAAUGUAAUUCAGUUUCGUGUUGGUUGUUACCAAUACCAAGAUACGGAUAAUUUUCACGAAAUUACGUGUUGUAUAGAAAAAACCACUGAUUUUCGAGAAAUUGAUUGUCGUGCCUUUAUUUGUCGGUUAGGUCUUGCUAUAUAACUACUGAUUAUUACUCGAUCCUAUAAAUGAGAGAUUAAUUUUCCCCACGCGAGUUCGAUGUCUGUAUACUUAGUUUACCUCAUCUAAUGACGUUUCCUACCAGGUUUUUCUCGAGCAAGUUCAACACAAUUAAGGAAGUAUACUGUUCAUUGAAAGUCCUUUAAGAGCAUGAUACAAUUUUAAAUAAUUUUCCCCAGGUUAUGUUGGGAAUAGUUCAAAUUGAGACUCAUGAAGUAACAGGUCGUGCUGGAGUGAUGAUUCCUACACCAGGCUUCAGUAUGUACCAAGCUAGACUACUACAACACAACUCUUAUCAGGUAAUGACCACAACAGAACGUUUAGUUAUUUUUCGGGUAGAACUGAAUACAAAUGGUGUUUGAAAGCUUCUAGCGUCCUUUUGACGUGUACGACCGAUGUACCGUACAAAGAAAAAAAAAGAGAAAAAACACCUCUACAUGCAAAACCUUCUGAUAAUAAUUCAAUUCUUUCAGUAGAGACAACAGAAACAUACGUGGAAAGACAAGUGCUGCUGUAGUAUGCGCCUGCUAUAUGCAACUUCACACGGUGCAAGUAAAACUUUAAGCUUUAAAAAAAUUUUCUGAUGACCAAUUUGGUGUCAACUGGCUUAGUCUGAUUCAGUUCAAUACACCGAUGAGUUCAUUUACCAGCAUGAAUGACUGACACGGACACGCAAUAGAAAUUCUGACAGAGUACCAAAAAACUGACACACAUCAAAUGCAAAAUGAAUGAGACCAACCUUCCAAGGCACCGAAAUUUCUUUCAGUCUGUCAAGUUCUUCAGGUUUCCUCGUUAAAUGUCAGGUAUCUGAAUUACAUAAACAGCUACUUUCGCAAGCGCUGUGUUGCCCGCGGCUCGGCUGCAUCCGGGCUCCAUACCCGCCAAAAGUGUAGUGACGUCACAUCUCUGCGAAAAUGUGAUUGGUGACUUCCAACAACUUUACCUUUCUGAUACAUGUCAUCAUGAUUCAUUACUUAACACAUUUUCAAUGCUUUGUCCAGAUAUUUUACCCUCUUGAUGAAGAUAAUAACUGGGCUUUGAACAUAGCUACACUCAAAAGAGUGUUGGAGGAAGCCAGACCGCAUUGCGUCCCGAGAGCCCUUGUAUUGAUUAAUCCAGGAAACCCAACAGGUAACUUUUGUAAAUUUGACAAAUUUCAAAACUUUUUUUAUUCUGGAAAGAAAAAGUGUUAAGACACUUACAAAUUCAAUUUUCUGUUUUUUAGGACAGGUUUUGACUUAUGAAAACAUUGAAGAAAUCAUCAGGUUCUGCGCUCGAGAGAAGUUAGUGUUAUUCGCCGAUGAAGUCUAUCAAGCCAAUAUUCAUGUCGAUGGAGUCAAGUUUCACUCGUGUAAGAAAGUCCUAAGGGAUUUGGGAGCAGAGUACAGUAACUUUCAACUGAUCUCGCUUCAUUCCAGUGCAAAGGGAUAUGCUGGAGAGUAAGUGUACAGUAUGGGUAUACUCAAAAAGUUUGUGUCUAUAAUUACUUCAUGUAAGACUUAAGAUAGACUACAAAGUGUUGACCUGAAUUGACAUGAAACCAGGGAAACUCGUGUUAUCUUGAGCGAAAAGUAGACCAGUAGCUUGAAGGGCGGUAAUAUCCAUACAAUAAUUCAGCGAAUAAAAUUCCACAAAAUAAACUACUCUGUCCACCGAAUAAUGAUUUAUUUGCUGGAGAGUGUCAUGUCACCCACCUGGAGGCGAUUGGGAAGCCAGGGGCUCACAGGGACGGCAAGAGAACACCAUGCCCCCCCUAUCUUGACCAGUAGUUGUCAACCAAAGGAGAAAUCGCCAAUAAUAUUUCAUAAAAUUGUAGUGUAAUUGUCACCUCCAUCCUGGAUAAUGAAGCGUGAUAUUGUUAAUCUCGAUUUUUUAAAGCCAUUGAAUACAUAAUUUCUUUCAGAUGUGGUCUCAGAGGUGGAUAUAUAGAGCUUGUGGGAUUAAGUGAAAAAGUCAAGGCUCGUAUCAAAAUGUACCUCAGUGCAAGAUCUUGCCCCUCAACAGUUGGGCAGGUACGAUUAAGAUAAUAAAACGACAUUCAUAUUAAGGUAUAUCGAAAUCAAGGCUGAAAUUGAAAACUUAAGAGAAAGGCCAGUGGUUCCAAAAUAAAUUAUUCUCGCUCAGUUGUCUCAAAGGGAAAAAAGACCUUUAAUCAGAAACAAUUGGGUACGUGUAUAGACAGAGAUGAAAAAAAUACUUUCAAUUAGCGUUCUCGCAUAAGAAAAUAUUUUACUACUAUUGCUGUUACUAUCAUUAUUGUUAUGAUCAUUAUUAUUAUUACUAUUAUUGCCACUAUUCUUAUCAUAGCUGUUAUCAUCAAAAAACGGAUUACCGUAACCUAAUUAUUUGCAUUAUUAUUAUCUUACUGACGUUUUUAUCGAUAUUGGUGGGGAACGGGUUAAUCGUUGAGAGCUAAGGUCAAAGUAUGCAGUCCUGCCCCCCUCCCCAAGACGUUUUACUCAAUAACUUUCCCAAUGGCCUCCAUAGAAACUUCAACGACCAUUAUCUUCUGCGUUCAGCACCCUCCCUCCCCCUUCGAAAGUUUCGCUGAUUGAAAGUUCCACCGUUCCUGCUCCCUUUUUCCAUCGCCACCAUUACAUAUCCUCGAGUUUAAGCCAACUUCUCCUUUUCCAAGGUGAUCAUGGGGCUCAUUUGCAACCCUCCUAAACCAGGAGAUGAAUCCUACGAUCGCUUUUUAAAGGUAAGCAUUCAAAAUUACAUUUUAAUUCGAUAAAUUUUUGACGAAAGAAACUAAACUUCUUAUUAACAAGCGUUCUUGAGGAAACUUAACUCGAGUAACGUAAGUGUUGGGUGUCACGCAGGAUGAAAAGUCGCGCCAGAAGAACAAAUUGGCUAUACACCUAAAAUUUUGUUGAUUAUGUAUCAUUUAUGUUCGUUUCGAAGGAAAAAGAGACUGUACUGGAUUCUCACAAGAAGAAGGCACAGUUGACAACAGAAAUGCUCAACUCUAUGGAUGGGGUCCAAUGUAAUGAAGUAAGAGGAGCAGUAUACGCGUUUCCGAGGAUCACACUGCCGAAAAAAGCUAUUGAAGAAGCAAAGGUAACAUCACAAGCUCUGAGUAAGAAUGCCCGCGUAAGUGUAGACACACCCAAGGGGGUCAAAAUUUCUUUCCUCUUGAGCAACUUCGAAUUGCAUGUCAACAUCACUUCAGCGCAUGGCACGUCUACUAUCAACGUGAAAAUUAUCAAGCAUUAAAAUGUUCAAAAUAAUGAAUGGUGAUCUUCAAACUGCCGCAAAGAUAAAAAGCACGAAAUUGUAAUCGAGUAUUUGAAUGACCCUCAAAUAGACCGACGCUGAUCAUGAUUUGCUCCUAUAUACAUUUCCUGUUUCUAAGCAGUAUCACCUUGAACUUGUUACCAGUCGAUCGAAUCUGGAUUCUAUCUUCCCGAUUAUACAACCAGUUAUCUUUUUCCCUUUUAGGCACAAGGAAUGCCUCCGGACGAGUUCUACUGUUGGAGGGCUUUGGAGAAAACAGGAAGCUAUUUGGUGCCCGGCCACUCUUUUGACAUGAACGGGAGCGGUAAUCAUUACUACUUUCGGUGAGAUAUGAUGCGUAUUGUGUUUUCAGAUUGAGCGAAAAAUUCAGCCCGUUGAAGCCCUUGGUCAGCGGAGACAAUAGAGGAAUGGAGCAGCCAAAAAUGGCAAGCACCUAUGCCAGGCCUUUAGGGCACGUUCCGCUCUCCCACUUUUUUUUCCAUUUUUCUUUCUUUUUUUAUGCAGAUUGUCUCACCCCCAGUUUGAUAAGCGAUGGCUUUUUUCCUGCGGGAAAUAUUUCCAGACUUCGCGAUAGCGCGCCACGUACGGACUAUCAGGCUUACUUGCGGCGUCAAAAUUUACUCUUCUUUUGAAAUUGGACUUAAACUUACCUUUCCCUCCAUUUAUUUUCUAAUUAUUAUCUUUUACAGAAUUACCAUUCUUCCUUCAGAAGACAAGUUUAUUCCUAUGUUUGAAAGACUGAAAACUUUUCACCAAGAUUUUAUGACGCAGUAUAAAGACUAAAAAACCAAACUGUGUUCUGAAGAGUUUGUACUUUGUUCUUGUGUGAGCUUCUCAGUAACUUCAAAUUAAAAGCGAAUUAUAGUUUUUAAUCUAAUAGGGAAAAAACCUUUAGUCUAAGGGCAAUCUAGUCUUGAGAGUACGACGGUUUUCGUAGAGAACUAGGUCUUGUCUAAAGGCUCCCGAAGGCGUCCCGAAAGUUCCGAAACCACCAUGUCUAUUGAUGACUAGAGUCGUGACGCCAUUUUCGAAGCACAAAACACGACGCUAUAAUUGUAACCAAUCAGCAAGUAAUGGUAUGUUCAAAAUAAAGAUAUUCUUUUAUAGCCCCUAGGGGAACUAGUUAUUUUC